GGGAGUUAAUGAGUUACUCUUUGAAAUAUAUAAUAAGGAUUAGUCUCAUGCUUUAAAUAAAAAGAAGAGUUAAGUGCGUCUUCCACUAAAGUCUCCGAGCGCAGACCGAAGCCGUCUCGCUCGACCAAUUCCCGACUCUGGGAGCCAAACCAUGGCCUUAUCCUUGUUCUCCUCCUCCUCGUCCGCCGCUUUCACUGUCGUGGCCUGCCCUGCGCGGUCGCCGCUGCCUCGAAGAUUGCCGCCUGCCGUGUGCUUCGCCCGCGCGGUUGAUACCGCGCCACGCGCCACCUUGCCCUGCGCUACUUCUGCUUACCCUCCGCAACCCUUCGUCCCUGAGGUGGCUGAAGCAGUGGAGUCCUUGUAUUCCGAGUUCAGAGAGGUUGACAAUUUGGUGGCGCACAACUCUAUGCGGGUUCUGAAAGCUUUUCAGAACGCUGGAGUUGGAUCUCAUCAUUUCAAUGGAUGCACUGGCUAUGGUCAUGAUGAUGGUGGGGGCCGUGAAGCACUUGACUCUGUUUUUGCUGAAAUUGUUGGGGCAGAAUCAGCAAUAGUUCGUUCUCAGUUUUUCUCUGGCACACAUGCUAUUGCUUGUGCUUUGUUUGCUUUUCUGAGGCCUGGGAAUGAGCUUUUAGCAGUUGCUGGAACUCCUUAUGACACCUUAGAGGAAGUAAUUGGGAUUAGAGAAUCAUCUAUCACUGGAUCUCUGAAAGAUUUUGGAGUGACAUACCAUGAAGUUCCACUUGCAGAAGAUGGGGGCCUCGACUGGGAUGCCCUUUCUUUUGCUGUGAGACCCCACACGAAAUGUGCCUUAAUACAGAGGUCAUGCGGCUAUUCUUGGCGCCGAAGCUUGAGCAUAGCAGAUAUUGAAAGAGCUAUUAGAGUGAUAAAGAUGCAGAAACCAGAUUGCAUGGUCAUGGUGGAUAACUGCUAUGGUGAAUUUGUGGAAACAUAUGAGCCUCCUAUGGUGGGAGCUGAUUUAAUUGCUGGGAGCUUGAUAAAGAAUCCUGGUGGAACAAUUGCACCUUGUGGUGGGUAUGUUGCGGGCAAAAGAACAUGGGUCGAGGCUGCAGCAGCCCGUCUCUCUGCACCUGGUCUUGGGGUAGAUUGUGGAUCCAUGACUGGUGAUGUUAGGCGAGCACUUUUCCAGGGCUUGUUUCUUUCACCCCAAAUGGUUGGAGAAGCAAUAAAGGGGGGUUUACUCAUUGCAGAGGUUAUGUCAGUGAAAGGCUAUAAGGUCCAACCACUUCCGCGAGCACCUCGCCAUGAUACUGUGCAGGCGGUACAGCUUGGAGGGCGAGAGCGUCUGAUAUCUUUCUGUGAAGCUGUGCAAAGAAGUUGUCCUAUAGGAUCUUAUAUAAAGCCAAUUGCUGGUGUUACUCCUGGAUAUGCAUCAGAGGUAAUUUUUGCGGAUGGAACAUUUAUAGAUGGAAGUACAAGUGAGCUGUCAUGUGAUGGACCACUUAGGGAGCCAUUUGCAGUUUUCUGUCAGGGAGGGACUCACUGGACUCACUGGGCACUUGCUCUGGGAGAAGUUCUAAGGGUAAUAUAAUGGUGGCAUUGGAACAAGUUGAUCUUUCAAGUCGGUGAUGGGGCAUUCCACAAGCACUUGGUGAAGGUAUUAUGUUCACGAAACUAGUCUUAUGUGCAAAAUAUGCUGCAUUUCUCGUUGUGCAAAAAGAGAAGUAAAGUAAUUAAUCUUUGAUAACCAGUAUUUCUCUGUCUUUCAUUCCAGGAAGCUCGUUAACUCUAGUUGACUGACUAAUAAAGCAAUUAUUGUCCAAGCAUUUUUUACUCGGGGGAAAAGGGGGUGUUUUACUUGGAAGAACUGAAAGAUUUUGCUGCCAUCAGACAUGUCUUAGAUGUUAGUUAAUAUGACCCUGAUCGAGGAAUGGUAUUUUCGUAUUCAUAUCUUUCGGUUGAGAAGGCUUAAGUCUAAUGAAUUGGGUUUUGUUCCCAAAUAUUGUUCAUCACCCUAUGAUAUGUUUUUUUAUUUUUAUUUUUUCCGUAAAGGACAAGCUUAGGUUCUUGGGAUCAAUUUUUUUU